CACACAGUUUCGUAUCUAAAGUUAGGGGUUUCUUCAAUGAUGGUGAAGUGCCACCUGGUACUAAAGGCAACAUGCAACCAAUGAGUGGAAGCUCGCUCAAUGUGCUCAAGCCAUUGGAACUACACGGCCCUGUGCAGCAACCAAAGGCUAGUCCCUCGCAUUGCUCAUCACUACAAACCAGUUUCUACAAAAGUGACCGAUAUAAAGCCUUAAAAGAUAACAAGGCAACCGAAGUCUACAUGGCCAGCACCGGUGAGAAGGGUGAUGGAUCGGAUAAGGGGGACUUAUCAAGGCGCGUUACUAUGGACGGUAUUGUUAAAAAACACGAGUUGCGCAGAGUGGGCGAAAUCGACCGAGAGGGCAAGCGCAAGAUAAGCGACCUUGAAAGAGCUCAUAACGCACCUAAUCUCUUGCAGCUGCACAGUCAGGCCGUCGAAGCUGGCUACGAAAAUAUUUCUGACCGUAUGGACAACGAUCCUGAGUGGGGAGGAAACCUCGGACACUGGGUAAUUGAUACCAUAGCAGAAGCUCGUUCCACACAUCAGUCUGAUGAAUUUCGCCCUUCUUCAAUCGCAAACAUUAUUGACAAUUGGGAAGCGUUUGACGAUUUCGAUGGUGUUUUCGCAUUAUCCGAUAAGGACAGCCAGAAAAUGAAUGCAUCUCGCACAACACCUCUACAAAAGUCAGUCAAUUACGAACUGCAUUACCCGUUGACUAUCGACGACGAAACGAUAUAUCCCGCCGACCUUAUCAUAUCCGAUAUUCCAGCUGACGCCCGCGCUGAGUCCCGACCCAUCACCGAGAGCAAUCCGCUGUCUACGAUGGCCCUGCAGAAACAAUCAUCUGCUCCCCAAUCCGAGCCGGAGAAACCCAGUGUUUCGUUCCAGGAAGGUGCCGAAAACAACGAUGGAGCUACCUCGAAGCCUGGAAAAGCAGCCGAGCAGACAUCUCCCGCUGACCCACCUCACCAUCCCGACUGGCCAUGCCCUAGAUGUGGCUUCUCGAACUUCGCGAGACGAACGGCCUGCAUGCAAUGCUGGCUGGAACGCGACGAACUGCUAGGCAGUUCAAGCCAGCGGGACCGCCACGUUACGUUCGCGAAGCCCAAGAAGUUCGAGGGCAAAUACGCUUCAGCCAUGAAAGGCUACGAUGCGUCCCUCGUCGACGCAUCGCUCAUCCCCGAACCGCUCAGCCUCAAGUCCUGCCUCAAGAAGGCCCCUCGCAAGGACACGGGAAAGGAGGAUAAGAAGACGCAGCCCAACUCCAACCCCAACCCCAAUCCCAAUCCUCGUGGCUUCGGUGGACCCGCUUCUGGUCGGAAGCAAGAAGCUACUACUACUACUACCACUACUGCGCCUAAGGAGGCCGACCAGACCGCCGCCGAUAUCUCACUGGAAGAGGACGAGAUUAUUCAGAAGAUGGAGAGAAUCGUGGUCGAGCUGUGCGACAACAAGGAGAUCGUGCGAGGCGCAGUGGAGGGAAUGAUCAAGAUCAGAGAGCAACUCGAGAAAGAGGACUAAAGCUAAAGACUAAGCCGUUAGGCAGUCUUACAAGAAGCAAGCUUCAAACAUUCUCCUAGAUCUGCGAGAUGAGCCGCGUUGCCUUUGCGACUUUUCGAGAUGGAGAGCUAGGAGAUGAGGAGGAGGAGACGCCAGGGUAUGGCAAGGAGAUGGGAAAAGGAGAGAUGACACGAGGACGAGAAAAGCCGGCUAGAGCUCGUACUUAUCAUGUAAAGGGGAAUUCUAUACCUCUUUUCUUUUAUUGUUUUUUUUCUUCUAUUCUAUUCUCACUUGAGGUUCUAAGUUCAACCUUUCUUUUCCAAUCUUGUACAAUAACAGAGAAACACCAAAAAAGGGACAGGUUACG